AUGCUGGUGAUUGGCACCACCGGCUCUCAGACGAGCUUCCUGCCUGAGGGGGAGCUACCCGAGUGUGCCAAGCUGGCUUACGGGCCGGGACGGGACGACAUGCGGCCGGAAGAGCUGGCCGAUCAAGAGCUGGCCGAAGCCCUUCAGAAAUCUGCUGAGGAAGCAGGGAUGCCCAGGAUAGACUUCAGCAGCAUCGCCGUGCCGGGGACGUCCGCCCAGUUCCCCCAGUCCCUACAGCUUCCUCCCCCAGCCCCAACCCCAACCCCACCUGCUCCCUCACAGGCCCCAGCCCCGACCUCGGGCCCUCCCGAACCGCCCUCCAUCCCGCAAGGCCUGGAUAACCCUGCCCUUUUGCGAGCCAUGCUGCUGGCCAACCCCCACGAGCUCUCCCUGCUGAAGGAACGCAACCCCCCUCUGGCCGAGGCGCUGCUCAGCGGAGACCUGGAAAAAUUCACUCAAGUGCUGGUGGAGCAGCAGCAGGACCGAGCGCGGCGGGAGCAGGAGAGGAUCCGUCUCUUCUCUGCUGACCCUUUCGACCUGGAAGCUCAGGCCAAGAUCGAGGAGGACAUCAGGCAGCAGAACAUCGAGGAGAACAUGACCAUCGCGAUGGAAGAGGCUCCUGAGAGCUUUGGCCAGGUGGUGAUGCUGUAUAUCAACUGCAAAGUCAACGGCCAUCCCGUGAAGGCCUUCGUGGACUCAGGUGCCCAGAUGACCAUCAUGAGCCAGGCGUGCGCUGAGCGGUGCAACAUCAUGCGACUGGUGGACCGGCGCUGGGCUGGCAUCGCCCGGGGCGUGGGCACCCAGCGGAUCAUUGGCAGGGUGCACCUGGCUCAGGUGCAGAUCGAGGGGGAUUUCCUCCCAUGCUCCUUCUCCAUCCUGGAGGAGCAGCCCAUGGACAUGCUGCUGGGCCUGGACAUGCUGAAGAGGCACCAG